AUGAUAACGCGAUCAAAUUUGGCAGACCAAUUAAGAGAGUAUCAGAUUCGAUCUAAGCAUGAUUGGGCCUCUGUCUCCUUCUUUUCUUCCACUUCUAAUUUCAGCUCUUCAAGGGUUGACGUUGUGGUGUUUGUAAUAUGGGAACUCGUUAUCAUAGCAUUCUUGGUUUUCUCUGCAGUUUCUUUAUAUUUUAGGAAUAUGCAACUUGCGUUUGUCUUAGUAUGCAUCACUAUGCUAUUGCUUUUAUGCAUGAAAGUUACAAAGCAAGUUCGAUUGGCUAGGAAAAAGAAGCGAAGGAUGCUUCUUCCUUUAUCUAUGUAA